AUGGCCAGCCAGUUAUGCCUCCCUGGUGUCCAGCCCCUCUCGUCCCUGAAACCCUUGAAGGCCCACUUCCCAGACGUCCAAGUGGGCAUCUGCGUGGCGAUCCAGCGCAGCGACGGGCGGAUCCACCUCGCUGUGGUCUCAGAGUUCAAAAGAGAAAACACUUGGGUCACGGUAGAGUGGGUCGAAAAAGGAGUCAAAAAGGGCAAGAAGAUUGACCUAGAGACCAUAUUCCUGCUGAAUCCAGCGCUGGCCUCCGUGGAACCACCCAAGCUGUCCAGGUCAUUGUCUGCCUUGUCUCUAGCGCCCUCUUCGGCCACCGGGGACCAAUGCGUGGCCACACAAUGGAUUGCGAGGAUCCCCCCGAAAAACGAAACACCCUCAGGAGACAGCCUCGCUGUGGAAGUCCCCAGCAGUCCUUGCCUAAUGAAAUGGAAAAAGUCUCCGUGCCUCCGAGAAAUAGAGAAACUACAAAAGCAGCGGGAGACUCGCAGGCGGUUGCAGCUGGAGAUCCGAGCCCAGCGUGCCCUGGACGUUCACACGGGAAACCCCAACUACGAGAUCAUGCGCAUGAUCGAAGAGUACCGCCGGCACCUGGACAGCAGCAAGGUAUCCAGCCUGCAGCCGAGGGAAGACCCUCGGAUCUGCGUCUGCGUGAGGAAGCGGCCUCUCAAUCAGCAAGAGAUCUCCAUGAAGGAUUUGGAUAUCAUCACCAUCCCCUCGGACAAUGUGGUCAUGGUGCACGAGUCGAAGCAAAAGGUGGACCUCACUCGCUACCUGGAGAACCAGACCUUCUGCUUCGACCACGCUUUUGAUGACACGGCCUCAAACGAGCUGGUGUACCAGUUCACUGCCCAGCCACUGGUAGAGUCCAUCUUCCGCAAGGGCAUGGCCACCUGCUUUGCCUAUGGGCAGACAGGCAGCGGGAAAACGCACACCAUGGGUGGAGCCUUUUCAGGAAAGACCCAAGAUUGUUCUAAAGGCAUUUACGCCCUGGUGGCCAAGGAUGUCUUCCUCCUGCUCAAAACCUCAGCGUACGAGAAACUGGACCUCAAAGUCUAUGGCACAUUUUUUGAGAUUUAUGGGUGCAAGGUAUAUGACCUGUUGAACUGCAAGAAGCAGUUGCAGGUCCUUGAGGACGGCAAUCAGCAAGUCCAGGUGGUCGGGCUGCAGGAGCAGGAGGUGUGUUGUGUGGAGGACCUGCUGAACCUCGUGGAGCUAGGGAAGAGCUGCCGGACUUCCGGACAGACGUCAGUCAACGCCCACUCUUCCAGGAGCCACGCGGUGUUCCAGAUCAUCCUGAAGUCGCGAGGGAAACUGCACGGCAAGUUUUCCCUUGUGGACUUAGCUGGGAACGAAAGGGGAGCAGACACUGCCAAGGCCAACAGGAGAAGGCAGCUGGAAGGGGCGGACAUUAAUAAGAGUCUCCUUGCACUCAAGGAAUGCAUCCGGGCUUUGGGUCAGAACAAGUCUCAUACCCCAUUCAGGGCCAGCAAACUUACCCAGGUGCUCCGGGACUCCUUUAUUGGCCAGAACUCUUCCACUUGCAUGAUUGCUACUAUCUCUCCAGGGAUGUCCUCCUGUGAGAACACCCUCAACACUUUAAGAUAUGCAAAUAGAGUGAAAGAGUUAACUCUAGAUUUCAGGCCCCACCAUCGCUGUCCCUCUCCCGUUAGACAUGAGGUGCCAAGGGUGCUGCAAAACCAUGUUAGAAAUUCAGAAAUGUCCCUUCAAAGGGAUGAAUUCAUUAAAAUAUCCUGUCUACAGGGUGAGGAGGAGGAAGAGACUAGAGGAACUGAAGCGCUGUCCACUCCAUUAAUGGAGGAUGCAACAACUUCAUGGAAAGAAUCAAGCCAAUGUCCAGGAAACAACAGCCAUGAGGCCGACCCUGGGGUAAACUACGAUGUUCAUUUUUGCAUUACCAAGUUAAUGUCCAUUUUGGAGCAGAAAAUCGGUAUUCUGAUUGAAAUUCAAAAGAAACUGAAAUUAUUACGAGCUGACCUGCAAAAGAAGAGAAAGGUAGAGUGA